UGUAAAUUUGAUUGCAGUGCAAUGUUGGAGAUGCAGAUCUGCCGGCAUUAGUGGCUUGAGAUUUGAAUUUUAUCCAGUUGAAUUUAAAGGAAUGUAUAAUUUGAGGCCUGGACUGUGGAUGGCCAUUGAACCCCAAGGUAAUGUGAUGUCAAUUUCGCAUAUUGGGCACACAUGAUCCUCCUCAGUCCUCUCGGUAAUUUAAGAAUAUGGGCAAGAUUUAGUUGGAUUUUCUAAAUCUCCAAAAUAAAUUCUAAUCCAAUUGACACGCUGGUUUUGGGGUACGUAAGAUAUUUUUGUAAGAUUUUGUCUAUUUUUGGAUUUAAACAGAAAUCUAAAAAUAUGAUUGGACGAGGUUUUGUACAGUUAAGAUCAGGAUUAUUAGUGUACAACUAUUUUACACCUUUAUAAUAAAAUAAUAUGUUCUUAAUUCAAUUUUUUUUCUUAAAAAAAAAUUAAUAUUGUAUAAUGUGAUUGUAUAUUAGUUGUGUAUUGGUCAUCCUUACCACUUCUGUUUUUAAGUUUUUGGUGGUAUUUAAAGAAUAAUUGAUUUCUUAAAAAUUCUGGUCACCCUGAUCAUCUCUUUUUAAAUAAAAAAUAAAACCUCUUCUCUAUCUAUCUCAUAUCAUCAGAUUCUUCUGGUCCUAAUUUAUAUAGUACAUAUAAGAUCCGUUCUCUGGAACUUCAACGGUUACCAAGCUUAAAAGAGGAGGAAAAUGGUGAGAGACGAAGUUGCAGACUAUGAUCGAGCAAGCGAGUUGAAGGCGUUUGAUGACACGAAGGGUGGUGUCAAAGGACUAGUAGAUGCUGGGGUUAUUGAGAUCCCUCGUAUAUUUUAUUUACCACCGGAUUGCUUCGGCAAGAUAAACUCAGUACCUGACGUUUCUGAUGAAACCGAGUUGAGCACCAUUCCUGUCAUAGACCUCGAAGGCAUCGAGAAAUAUGUAACAAAACGAAAGGAGGUUGUGGAAGCGGUUCGUGAUGCAUCAGAGACGUGGGGUUUCUUUCAGGUGGUGAAUCAUGGGGUCCCUGUGGAUGUUCUGGAGGAGAUGAAGGAAGGGGUACGUAGAUUUUACGAGCAAGAUACAGAGAUUAAGAAAGAGUUCUAUACCCGUGAUCCCAUGAGACCGGUUGUGUACAACGCUAACUUCGAUCUCUACCAUGCGCCCACUGCUAAUUGGAGGGAUACAUUUAUGUGUUCUAUGGCUCCCAAACCCCCCAAGUCAGAAGAUCUUCCAGCUCCAUGCAGAGAUAUACUAGAAGAGUACUCGAAGCAAGUGAUGAAGUUGGGGAUUUUAUUGUUCGACCUAUUGUCGGAGGCUCUUGGGCUAAACUCAGAGCACCUAAAUGGCAUAGAUUGCGCUGAGGGGCUCAUGAUUCUUUGCCAUUACUAUCCGGCUUGCCCACAGCCAGAGUUGACAUUGGGCGCAACCCAGCACGCCGACAAUUCCUUUAUUACCGUGCUUCUGCAAGACCAUAUAGGUGGCCUCCAAGUUCUUCACCAGGACAAGUGGAUCCACAUCCCCUCCGUGCCUGGGGCUCUUGUUAUCAACAUUGGAGAUCUUCUACAGCUUAUAACAAACGACAGGUUUAAGAGCGUUGAACACAGAGUAUUGACAAGCCGGUCAAGUUCGAGAGUGUCUGUGGCAAGCUUUUUUUGCACAGGUCUUCGGCCGACCUCAAAAGUUUACGGGCCCAUCAAGGAGUUAUUAUCAGAAGACAAUCCUCCAAAAUAUAAAGAAACUACGAUUAGAGAGUAUUCUACCCACUACAAGAACAAGGGCCUUGAUGGAACUUCUGCGCUGCAGCAUUUCAGACUUUGAACUCUUGCAAGAGACAUAGAAAAGUGUCAAAUUGAAUAUAUAUGUUUUGAUCAGUUAAAUUUCCAAUUUACUUUUCAAUCUUGUUUUGGAGCUACUCAAUGUGGCACUUUUC